AUGAUGAUGAUGGGCCGUGUGAUGUGUGUGUUGGCUGUUGUGCUGUGCUGCACCUGCGGGUAUACCAUGGCGGCUGCUGCUGUGUCUUCACCUUCUGCUGUUGUUCCUCGUGCUGACGAAUCAUCGACGGCGAUGGCAUUUGGUGGUCAUCUUUUAAGGUAUCGCCAACCCGAUGGAAAGGAUUUUUUUAGUGAGCCUUUGCCGCCUGUUGAAUCAUCUCGAAAGAGUGUUAACCAUGUUCAAGAGAGCACUACAGGAAAUAAUUUGGGUAGAGGACAGAGUAACUCUGAUGUCCAUUCGGAUGGUGUGGAUCGUAACUUGGAUGGUAAUGAAUUAUCCAGUGAAGAGGAGGAAUUACGCAAAAAUUCUCCUCAGGGCGCUGGAGAGGCAUUAACUCCUGAGGUAGACCAUCUUCAAGUUGUGGAACCUUCAAGUGGUCCAACUCGUAUUGACCAACAAAAACGAGAAAAAGAAAAACAACAAGUAUCACCUAAUAGAGAUGAAUCCUCUACUCUAUCACCUAAAGGAAUAACUGGUGCUGAGGAUAGUAGUGGACCAGGUACAACAACAGUGGCUGGACCCCAAUCAGGUGAAAAAGAAGGAGAUGACCCAGAGACAUUGAAUACACCCGCACAACCUACAAUAUCAACGAGUUCUUCUGCGAGUGUACCUGCAGAGAGCAGCACAAUGUCAACAUCUUCCACUAACAACAGUAAAGGUGACAGUACUUCUGGCGCAGCCACGGGUGUGAGUGCGAUAGCAGACACAGAAGGAACCAAUUCAACUACUACCCCUAAGGCAGUCCCAGAGAUCAACUCCAUUGCAUCCACUGUAAAGAAGAAUGUCAAUGCUGACAUCAGCAGUGUCAGUCCUGUGUGGAUGCGCACUGCAGCACCGCUGCUGAUUGUGGCUGUGUUGUUCACUGUUACCGUGUACUGA